UCGAAAGUUAUACAAAUAAUUCAUUAUUAUGUUUACAAAACAAAAACAUAUUAACUAAUUUUAUUCUUAAUAAUAUAUUUUAGUCUUUUUUAUCAUGAUUUAAAAUGUUACGUUUAUUAAGAAAGUAUGCACCCAAACAAAAUCGUAUUUGUUUAUCUCUAUACCCUGUUCACAAGAAAAAAUUCACUGUUAAUAAUAAUGAAGAAUUCGUGGAAAAGGUGAUGAACUCCAAAAGAGCCGUCAUUGUCAAUUUCCAUGCAGAGUGGUGUGAGCCAUGCAAAAUUUUAACACCAAAAUUAUCAGAACUUUUGCAACCAAAUGAAGAUGUAGAUUUAGCAAUUGUUGAUGUAGAAUCUCAUGUAGAUUUAGUACAUACUUUUGAAGUUAAAGCUGUGCCUGCUGUUGUUGCUGUUAAAGACGGGCAUGUCGUUGAUAAAUUUAUAGGAUUAGUGGAUGCGAAUAUGAUUGAAAAUCUUAUUAAAAAAUUAGAGCAAAAUGAUCUACAAGAUGAAGGCAAAUAAAUAUUUUAAGCAAUGCACAAUAAUUUAUAUUCAAGCCAAAAUCUUGUUUAUGAGCUAAGUUAAAAAAAUCUUCAAAAUCUUGCACAUGAUGUAAAAAUAUCUUAAACAUGGUUAUAAUAAGUUACAAUUUAAAACUCCCUUUUAGCCCUUAGUUUUUUAAAAAGGCACAAUAUAAAUGAAUGUUUCCAAAUACUAAUUGGGCAAUAAUAAUC